AUGCGGGCGGAGGAGCCGCUGGCGCUGGCGGCCCCGCGGGCGGGCGGCGAGGCGGAGGCGGAGGCGCCGGGCGAGGAGCGGAGCGGCGGCAGCUGCUGCAGCAGCGAGCGCCUGGUGAUCAACAUCUCGGGGCUGCGCUUCGAGACGCAGCUGCGGACCCUCUCCAUCUUCCCCGACACGCUGCUGGGCGACCCCAGCCGCCGGGUGCGCUACUUCGACCCGCUCCGCAACGAGUACUUCUUCGACCGCAACCGGCCCAGCUUCGACGCCAUCCUCUACUACUACCAGUCCGGGGGAAGGCUCCGCCGGCCGGUCCAUGUGCCCCUCGACAUCUUCCUGGAGGAGAUCCGCUUCUACCAGCUCGGCCAGGAGGCUAUCGAGACCUUCCGGGAGGACGAGGGUUUCAUCCAAGAGGAGGAGAAGCCCCUGCCCCAGCAUCACUUCCAGCGCCAGGUCUGGCUGCUCUUUGAGUACCCCGAGAGCUCCGGGCCGGCUCGGGCUAUCGCCAUCGUCUCCGUGCUGGUCAUCCUCAUCUCCAUCGUCAUCUUCUGCCUGGAGACCCUGCCCGAGUUCCGCCAGGAGCCCAAGGGUCCCCAGCCCGGUUUCGGGGAGGCUGCGCCGCUGGGGGACGAGGCGCUGCUGCUGCCGCCGCUGCCGCCGCCGAGCGGGACCCCCCCGCCCCUGCGUCCCGCCGCCGGCUCCGGCCCGUUCUUCACGGACCCCUUCUUCCUCAUCGAGACCCUGUGCAUCAUCUGGUUCUCCUUCGAGCUCCUCGUGCGCUUCUUCGCCUGCCCCAGCAAGCCCGAGUUCUCCCGCAACAUCAUGAACAUCAUCGACAUCGUGGCCAUCAUCCCCUACUUCAUCACCCUGGGCACCGAGCUGGCCCAGCAGCAGCAGCAGAAGCAGCAGCCCGGGAGCAGCAGCAACAAUGGGGGCCAGCAGCAAGCCAUGUCCCUGGCCAUCCUCAGAGUCAUCCGCCUGGUCAGGGUCUUCAGGAUCUUCAAGCUCUCCAGGCACUCCAAGGGGCUGCAGAUCUUAGGGAAGACUCUCCAGGCCAGCAUGAGGGAGCUGGGCCUCCUCAUCUUCUUCCUCUUCAUCGGGGUGAUCCUCUUCUCCAGCGCUGUCUACUUUGCAGAGACUGACGACCCUGACUCGCUGUUCACCAGCAUCCCUGAUGCCUUCUGGUGGGCAGUGGUGUCCAUGACCACCGUGGGCUAUGGGGACAUGUAUCCCAUGACCAUUGGUGGCAAGAUUGUGGGCUCCUUGUGUGCCAUCGCUGGUGUGCUCACCAUUGCCCUGCCUGUCCCUGUCAUCGUGUCCAACUUCAACUACUUCUACCACCGAGAGACUGACCACGAAGAGCAGUGCCAGUACACCCACGUCACCUGUGGCCAGCAACAGUCACCCUUCUCUGAGCCCAAGAAGGGGGACAGUAACCAGUCCCUCAGCAAAUCUGAAUUCCUGGAAGCAGAAGACCUGGAGUCCAUGAAAUAUGCCAACUUCAUUCCUCCCAAUAACCAGGGAUAUAAAGAGAAGAAAAUGCUGACAGAGGUGUGAUGGGUUUUGUUGUCCUGGGUCCAGACACGGAGCUGCAAGCUGCUGUUACAGUUGUCUUCCUACAAGCAGCUGGAUCUAUUCAGCAUUUACAUGCCAGACUGUGAAUUGUGAUACCGUAAACAGAAUGAUUGUGAUAAUGGGCUCUUCUGGCCUGAUUUGCUGUUUCUCAUUACUGUGUGCAGCCAGAAAUGUUCUUGCUUUAUUCCGUGGAGUGCUAGCUGUCAUCCCCACUCCCUUGUGCAUUUCUUUCUCUGCUUUUGGUGACUGCUUUAAUCCAACGUUUGCUCCGAAACCAAGUCAUGUUACUCCACCAGCAGAGAAGCCCUUGCCACUACUUCAGCAGAAGCAUUCAGCAGAGUAAACAGUUAAAGGGGCUACAAACAUCUGGCUGGAGCUGUGCUCUCAGCCCCUGUGCCAGCGCAGUGCCCUUGGCUGGGAUCAGUCACGCCUGCCAUGCCAUUGCCUUUGAAUAAUGGAAACGCUGCAGCCAGCAUCACAGGGAGCUCUGCAGCUCUAGGGGAAAGCCAGCAAGCAGAUGCCUGCCUUCUUUGCAACCCUUGGCAUGCUAAAAGAUCCUCCUGGUUUG